GAAAUGAUGUGAAUGUGUGAUGGUAGUUUGAUUUUGGUCAUGUUUUACUGAUGGUCAUUAUGGUAUGCGGUUGAUGGGUGACGACACAGCACCCAUAAAAUUUGCAGCUCCACUAAAAUUCAGAUUGACAAACUCAUAUAUUAGUGAUCGGUUUACAGACAUAAUUGUUGGGUUUAGAAAAAACCCUAAGCUUCUUCAGAAAGACAAUUAAUUGAGAAGGAUGAAGAUAGCAGUGGAAGGAUGCAUGCAUGGUGACCUCGACAAUGUCUACAAAACCAUUGCCGAUUUAGAGAGAGAAGAAAACACUAAAAUCGACCUUCUCAUUUGCUGCGGCGACUUUCAGGCUGUUAGAAAUAAAAAGGAUCUUGAGAGUUUAAAUGUUAAACCUAAAUAUAGGCAAAUGAACACUUUCUGGAAAUACUACUCUGGAGAAGAAUUAGCUCCUGUGCCAACUAUUUUUAUUGGUGGAAAUCACGAAGCUUCCAAUUACCUCUGGGAACUGUACUAUGGUGGAUGGGCUGCACCUAACAUAUUCUUCUUGGGUUUUGCUGGAGUUGUCAAGUUUGGCAACAUUCGAAUUGGUGGAUUGUCAGGAAUAUAUAAUUUUCGCCAUUAUAAAUUAGGGCAUUAUGAAAGACCUCCAUACAGUGAGAGUGAUAUCCGAUCUAUCUACCAUGUUCGUGAAUAUGACGUUCACAAGCUUAUGCAAGUUCAGGAGCCAAUUGAUAUAUUCCUUUCACAUGAUUGGCCAGUUGGUAUUACUGAUUGUGGAAAUUGGAGGGAACUUGUCCGGAAGAAGCCUUUUUUUGAAAAAGAGAUUCAGGAGCGAACUCUUGGUAGUAAGCCUGCAGCUAAGCUGUUGGAGAAGUUAAAACCUUCCUAUUGGUUUUCGGCUCACCUGCACUGCAAAUUUUCUGCCCUUGUCCAGCAUGGUGAAGGGGGUUCUAUGACAAAAUUUCUUGCACUUGACAAGUGCUUGCCUAAUCGCAAAUUUUUACAGAUUAUUGAAAUUGAAUCAGACCCUGGACCGUUCGAAAUAUGUUAUGAUGAAGAGUGGCUUGCAAUUACAAGGACAUUCAAUGCAGCCUUCCCCAUAACAGCAAGGCCUGCUGAUUUCCAGAGUGUGCAAGUUGACAUAGAAGGUUCCCGUCAGUGUGUCAGGAGUAAGCUAAACACAAGAGGGGUUAAACCUUUUGAGUUCACACGAACAGCUCCAUGCCAUGAUCCCUCUCAAUCUGUAUUUAAUGGUUCCUCAGCAGAACAUCAUCGAAAUCCUCAGACAGAGGCACUCUUGAAGUUACUUGAGCUACCAUAUCUUCUUGACAACUCCAUUGCUUCCCGUGAGAUGAGUAGUUACUCUCCUUCAAUAUCCAAAGGCGCUUAUUCUAUUGAUGAUGAAGAUAUUCCUAUUGAUGAUGUGGAUGAAUUAGAGGAGUUGGCUGGUGCUGCUGAUGAAGAAUAAGUGUUUGAUAAGACAUGAAGGCGAGUAAGAAUCCAAUAUGCUUGUAAUUAGGUGCUUAUGAACUCAAUUUUGCUCUUUAUAUUCAAGCAAUGAUUUGAGCAUGUCAAAUGAAAGUGAGAUUUUCUCUCUCUUGGAGAAACUUGUUUCUGACUCACCUGUGGAUCAAGUAAUUGCCCGCAAUACAUUAGCAUUAGAAGUCUCGGUGAUUAUAUCUUAGUAACAAGUUGGCUAAUCUUGAUUUCAUCUUGUUUAUUUUGCUUUCCCCGUCACUCAACUAUGUAACCUAGUAAUUACCUAAGACACAUGUCCUAUAUUAGUUUAUAGUGGUUAAGUAUAUUUAAUCAAAAAAAUGUUAAUUGUGGUGCUCACUGAGAAAUUGAUUUUAUCAUCAUGCUUAACGACUUUUGAUAUACAUCUUGGCCAACCUAAAUAUUUUCUUGUCCUGCUUUGUGUUAAUUGUGUAUGAUUAUAUGGCUGUUCUGUUAAAUUAAUUUGUGAUUAUCUUUGAAAGUCCAAGCUUUUAUCAAUGCUAUUUUGCCCUACAAGUACUUGAAGAAUAAAGAUUAAGCUCGUAGUUAAGCUUUUUUUAAUUGUUUAACAUGCUAGAUAAUCUAAUAGCGACUCAUCUAGCUGCCCCAUUCUUUUACUUUUUUGGUUUGGAUGGUGGAAAGUGGAAACUCAGGAGUUAGUCUGAUGUUAAUUCUCAUUUAUUUGUUCUGUUAUGCCUAAUUUAGUCCUCUUUUGUUUUUCUGUUAUUCCUUUGCUUCACCUUCCAUUUUCCAUGCAGAAAUUGCACCUGUUGUUUUAACAUUUAUGAAUAUUGCUACCUAUAGUAAAUCAUGAUGAUGCAACACAAUUGUUGAGUUGUCAACAUUAUCAGCCGGUGGACUUUCUGAAGAGGCCUUUGCAAAACUUUAAUUUGACGCAGGUAUAUACAUGUGAGCUUGGGUAGCUUUCGUCACCGAAAGAAUUUGUUGAGACUCUGGGAACCGGAAGCCUUGUGUCUUGAGUUUGCAUAAUUGCAUGUAACAGUAAGUAAUUUCUUGUGAUUCUUAUCACUGUUGAGAAAAAUGUACAGAAGAAGCAUUAGGGUAAGUGCAAUUGCCAAAUUACGUAGUAGUUUUUGCAACUUCUCAUAGAUGAAAGGCAGUUUCUUAGAAUAUUUCAUAUUGGCAAUUGUUACGGUGUCACUAGUGUAGGUCUUGAGUUAGUGAGCUCAAAAGUAUACUAAUGUAGACAGACGAACGUUUGAGGUUUUGAACUUUGUUUAACAUCUUCAACUACUACUACCUCUAUUUCAUUAUUUGUAUCAUUUGCCAAAAAAAAAGGAUGUUUCAUAUUAUUUAACCACAAAUGUUUUCUUUUCUUUUAAAGUGUCAUUUUUCUCUAUUUCUCUCCUAAUCACAUGCAUAUCUGUCUUUUUGUCUAUUUAACUUUCGCAAACAAAUUUUGCAGGAGUCGGCGUUACCCUUUCAAAAUUGCAAAUAAUAAAAAAAAAACGGAGGUAGUAGUUAAACUCUAUACAUUGAUCAACAAACGACAUUAUGAAUACAUGUUUUUAAUAUGACUAUUUAUUUUGAGUCCUUUUUAAUUAGCAUGCCAUUAAAAUUUAUUAAAAAAAUAAAAAAAUCAAUCUCAAUUUCGCAAAUGCGUUUUUAUGUGUGGUAGUAAAUGGUACUCCCUCCAUUCCAUUCUUUUUCUUCCCACUUGAAAUCUUUACAAAACAAAACUGAUCAGUAGGAAAAAUAAUAUGAAAAAGAGGGUAUAGUAAUUUAGGAACCGUUCCAUGCAAAAUCAAUACACUUUUAAGUAAAUUUUACUUUAAACAAAUUUAUUUAUGAAAUAUAUGUAUCAUAGUAAACAAAUUGUUCGAGACAUAAAAAAAAAAAAAAAAAAAAAAAAAAAAAAAAA